UCUUCAUGGAUACCAUACUAAUUUUCUCCAUCUUUUUCUUCAUCUUCUCCUUCCUUUGCUUCUUCUCAAACACAUUUGCAAUGGAUAAUGAAUGUUCGAUUUCUAAGUGUGGGGAUGAUCAUGUAGUUGUAAAGUAUCCGUUCCGUAUAACACAAAACCAACACCCAAACUGUGGCUACCCCGGAUUCGAUCUUUCCUGUACUAGCUUUGGUAAAACAGUUAUUCAACUACCAUCUUCCGGUGGUGAGUUUUACGUAAGCGAAAUCGAUUAUGUCAAGCAAGAGAUUCGCAUACAUGACAGGGCUAAUUGUCUACCUAAACGGCUUUUGACGUUGAAUCUUUCAGAAUCUCCAUUUCAAGGUAUUGAACUCCAAGACUACACAUUUCUAAAUUGUUCAUCAAAUUAUACAACAACAAAAAUAUCACCGAUUUCAUGUUUAAGUAGUUCCAUGAACAAAGUUUUCGCCACAAGUUCAUUGGAACUAGCUGGAAUUUUAUCUACGCGCUGCGAAAUCAUUGAUAACAUAAAGGUUCCAAUUGUUCCGCAACAACUUCAAAAUGAGACCAAAGGGUAUUCAUCUGAGCUCGAUAAUGAUCUUAUUCUAACUUGGAAAGAACCAAAGUGUAGCAAGUGCGACCAACCCGGUUGGGGGUGCAAAACCUCGAUUGACGACGGCAAUUAUAUAGGAUGUAUGCAUGCUGAUCAAAAUGAUUCAACCAAGAACGUGCCAAGCAUCUAUAAUGACGGUAAAGACAGUUUCAAGAUGGCAUUAGGUAUAGUUUUACCAGCAUUCAUCUUGACAAUAUUUCUGAUCUUAUACAUGUGCUUUUGGCUUAACCUUUGCAACUGCGACCGAAACCGUAGCCGAAACCACCACCACCACCAUGGAGACCCCACAGUUUUAAUGGUCACGACAGUGGGUCUAGAUGGAACCACUAUUGACUCCUAUCCGAAGAUUACCCUCGGUGAAAGCCGAAGAAUACCAACUCCAAAUGAUGGGACGUGUUCGAUAUGUAUCUCAGAGUACUGUCCGAAAGAUACUGUUCGAACUAUUCCAGAUUGUAAACAUUGCUUUCAUGCUGAAUGUAUCGAUGAAUGGCUUCGAAUGAAUGCUUCGUGUCCUCUUUGCCGAACUUCUCCUUCCCCUCUUGCCUCUCCUAUUGCAUCUCCGAUCGCACAGCCAAUACAAAUUCAUCUGUAAUAAUUACUGGAUUUUUUUUUUGUUGGUAUCUAGUAAUAUACAUGUACAUACUUAAGCAUGAAAUCAACCUUUUCAUGUUAAUUACUUC